UUGCUUCAGAAACCCAUAUUCACCCAUUAAUCAUCAAUUCGAUUCCAGUUACUUUAACCUUCUUUAGCGACCAUGUUGAAAUUGAUUGGAAGCUUAAGCUUCGUAUGGCUUCUGAUGGCCAUGUCCACUGUGGCUCAAACCCCAGCAGUGCUAGACACCAACGGCCAGCCUCUUAGAAGCGGCGUAGAAUACUACGUGCUUCCAGCUGCAACUGAUACCGCUGGCGGUUUAACUCUGGUGAAUCGCACUGACUCCUGCCCAUUAUACGUUGGUCAGGAACCUCUCUCAACCGUUGUCUCACAAGGCCUUCGAGUCACCUUCACGCCAUUUGCUGCCCAAAACGACGGUAUCAUCAGGGAGAGCAGGGAGUUUAGCGUUGCAUUUUCAGCUGUCUCCAUCUGUGGCCAAUCCACAGCAUGGAGGGUUGGUGAGGAGGAUGCAGAGACUUCAAGGAGAUUUAUAGUGACAGGAGGAGAGCAGAGUUACUUCAGGAUUGACAACAAUGGAGGUCUCUAUGAGUUGGUAUGGUGCCCUGGUGAGUCCUGCACUGCCCCUAAUUGCGGCAGGCCAAGAUGUGGUUCUGCUGGUAUUUUGAUUGAGAACGGGAAGAGAUUGUUGGCCUUGGAUGGCUCUGCUUUUCCUUUCCGAUUUAGGAGGGCUUAGUUUAUUUUCUUGAAAUCCAUAACUUCUUGGCAUUGUAUUAGUAAAUAAACGCAGAAGUCUGCUUCUGAUUUCUGAAUAAAACGUAUCCAUGUUAAUAUUUAA